UCCAACUCUUGUUCACAAUGAGGGGAUAUCAUUUCUUUCUGUGGCUCGACCUGAAGGCACUGCUGCUCCUCAUUUUCACUAUUCUCCUGUUGGUGUAUUUUCUCAACAAAAAGGAUCCACCUAACUUUCCUCCUGGACCACCAGCUCUCCCUCUUUUAGGAAACAUCUUCAGCAUUGAAGUUAAGCAACCUCACAUCUACCUGUCCAAGCUUGCUGAUGUUUACGGGAAUGUGUUCUGCAUACGUCUGGGAAGACACAAAACAGUGUUUGUGUCUGGGUGGAAGAUGGUGAAGGAGGCUCUGGUGACACAAGCUGACAACUUUGCAGAUCGGCCUUUCAGCCCAAUGGUGAACAGAAUUUAUCGUGGGAACUCAGCGGGUCUGUUCUUCAGUAAUGGGACGGUGUGGAGGAGGCAGCGCCGCUUUGCCAUGGCCAUGUUACGCACAUUUGGUCUGAGCCGCACAGAGCAGAGCAUCUGUGAGGAGAGCCGACAUCUUCACGAGGCAAUGAAGGGGGAGAAAGGUGAGCCAUUUGACCCAGUGCCCCUCCUAAACAGCGCUGUGGCAAACAUCAUCUGCCAGAUAGUGAUUGGGAGACGACUUGACUACAGGGAUCCUAACUUUCAGAGGCUGCUGCAGAAUCUGACCGAGAUGGCAUAUUUGGAAGGCUCCAUAUGGGCUCUACUCUAUGAAGCAUUUCCAGACCUGAUGAGACGUCUGCCAGGGCCGCACAACAACAUCUUCAGCAACUUGAAAUCUGUGGAGACAUUUAUCAGGAGAGAGAUAGAAGGGCACAAGCUGGAUCUGGACCCGAGCAACCCACGAGAUUACAUCGACUCCUUCCUGGCGGAGGAGAACCACAACAGAGGCAGUGAGCAGGGCUUUGAGGAAGCAAACCUGGUUCUGUGUUGUCUGGAUUUGUUCCUCGCUGGCACUGAAACCACGUCUAAGACUCUGCAGUGGGGCCUAAUCUACCUAAUCAAGAACCCUCAUAUCCAAGACGACGUCCAGGCCGAGAUCGACAGAGUGAUCGGACAGACUCGUCAGCCCACGAUGGCUGACAGACCCAACAUGUCCUACACUGAUGCUGUUAUCCAUGAGAUCCAGAGGAUGGGAAACAUUGUUCCUCUGAAUGGACCAAGAGUGGCAGCCAAAGACACGACACUGGGCAGUUACUUCAUACCAAAGGGAACCUCAGUGAUGCCCAACCUGACGUCUGUGCUCUUUGACAAGACUGAGUGGGAAACUCCAGACACCUUCAACCCCAAACACUUCCUGGACACUGGGGGAAGGUUUGUCAGGAGGGAGGCAUUUGUACCUUUCUCUGCAGGAAAACGUGCAUGUCUGGGAGAAGGCCUGGCCAGAAUGGAGCUGUUCUUGUUCUUUGCCAGUUUGUUACAGAGGUUUUGUUUCUCUACUGUGGAUGGAGUUGAGCUGAGGACAGAGGGCAUCACUGGAGCCACACGCACACCAUAUCCCUUUAAGAUCCACGCCAAGGCCCGCUGAACACUGAGCGCCCUCCUCCUGCAGCCCAAGCUAGAAAUGCUAGUGUCACUCAAAGGCAUGUGUGUGAAACACUGAUGGAGUGGAUGCAUCUACAGCUCCCUCUACAGGAUAGAAAGUAAAUGUUUAAUAUGUAAUAAAGUACAGCAUGCAGUUUGUUUGCCACAGCACAUACUGUAUGUGCAUUAAGUGAACUAUGAGAAUAAAUAAAUAAAAUUCAGAUUCUUGUGAUUUUUA